ACGCGAACGAUGGACAAGUUCAAAGCAUUGGAACCGGUCAAACUCUAUCCCUCCUCCAACCAUCCACCACAGCAACAGUUCAUCGGUCGACUUCCGUCUGACCUUCACCUUCUCGUCCUUCAAAACCUCCCUGUACCCGAUAUCCCACAGUAUGCUCGCGCAUCUCGUGCGCUCGCGCGCAUUGCCGUCUCCGAAUCACUCUGGGAGCACAGGUGGAAAGCCCUUGCUGUAGAAGACAAUGACUUUCAGGCCACUCUUGACGACCUCGAUGCUCGUGCGCGCAAAGCAGCGCCGGACAUUCCCCCCACCCUCGAUGUCGCAGACGACGACUUUGGUGACUUUGCGUCUGCAACUAUUGACCGCAGACAGGAUCUCUUCGCACAGACGACAGCCGCAGACGAGAUGGGCGAUUUCAUGGGCUCACUCAGCUUCAGCGGCUCUGCAACCUUCAGCCCUCGCACGCCGACGCUCGUCUCCACCGUUGUAACGUCUUCCUAUCGUGCACAAUAUGUUCGCGUCCACACCCUUCUCCGUCCGCUGGUCGCGGCUCUCUCGUCUCCUCCACAUCUCAUACUCAACACUCUCUUCCCUGUGCCUGCUCCUUCACUCCAUAAGCAGUCCAAGCUCCUUCACCUCCUCGCUCGGUUCCUAUCUCCCGAUGUUCGACCUCUCCGUGCUACGGACACAUUGGCAGCAGCAUUGCGCGCUGCUGCUGACCGUUUCGAGUCGAACCUUUUGGCUGCGUUUGACAAUGCUGAUAGUCGCGCAGAUGAAUCCGCGAUGCGCGAAGCUGCCGAAGCUAGCUGGGAAAUCUGGGACCCCCGGUCGUCAGGUAACAGUGAGUGGGAGAUGGGCCGCGUUUGGGCAGAAAAGCGCGAGAUCUUUUACAUGGGAGGUGCACAUAAGCCUCUUGAUAACUUCACUCCCUCCGGUGGGCUCGACUUCGAGGCGAUGGAUUCCUUCAUGUCAUUCAUCCUUGAUACUGUGAAAGAGCAUGGCGCCCGCGCUGUGCGCGUCUUCCCUCCAGCGGCAAAUGUCCUGAUCUCUUUCUCCGACCGCAUCGCCAAUGAAGUAGUAGGCGAGUAUAUUGCCCCCCUUCUCACUCGUGCGCGAUCCCUCGACAGCACGUCUGUCUUCCUCAAGGCCAAUGCAGCAACGUUUCGCGAGGCCUGGCGUAUGGUCGAUUCCAUCAUGGAAGUCGCUCGUGAACGCGGCGAACUCACAGUGCAGCGCAACGAGGCUGAAGAUGUCAUUUAUCGGAUGUUCGAACCCAACAUGGACGAGUAUCUCGACGAAGAGGUUGACUCGCUCAAACAGUCGUUUGAGCUCAUAUGUCGUGAGUGGGAGAAGAAAGUCAGCACGGCGGCAGCAGCAGCUCUCAGCACCAAUCAGCCUUCGUUCCUCUCUGCAUCCUCACCUGCCCAUCUGAAGCGUUCCGUUCUAUCUUCUUUCACCGACAUCUUACUCCUCCCCGUCACCAUUGUCCCGCGCACCGUAGUAGCCGUCGGUGGUUCAGUCUCUGGUGCUGCCGUUCAAGGAAUCUCUAUGCUGGAUCCUCGGCGCUGGGGUGCUCAGGGCACCGGUGCGGAUGGAUAUCGACGUGGUGGUCAGGCAGGCGUUCUGUGGGACGGUGGGGAAGACGAAGACGAGAAGGAACUUGAAGCCGAGGUCGAUGCAGACGGCUUUGACACGGCAUCCAUCACCGCGAACUCCAUCAAGAGCACGACCUCAGUUGCCACAACCUCAACCAAUGCAACUUCAAUGUCAGGAUCGGCACGUUCUCGAACCUACGAUAACCUCCAACUUCUUCUCUCACUUGAUGUGACGCUUGAAAUCAUCCACUCAGCACGGGAAUCUCUCAAGCGUGUGGAAACGUUCGUUGGCUAUCCAGGGACUUAUGGCCAUCGUGUGAGGGAAACUAUCGAGGAGGUCGCGGUGGAGAUGCUGAGUGUGCUUAGCGAUCGACACAUCCGAAAUGGCUUUGAACAAGCUAUCAGUCAGAUGCGCAUGUAUGAGCCGCCGGCAGCGUCAAUAGACGACUCGGAAGUUGAGCCCACAGGCUCUACGUCGGUCGCUCCUCUGGUGCAAUUCUUCGAGCUCGUGCAUAUUGGCGAUAUGAUUCAGAGUAUCAUUCAAGUUUACUUCGAUAAAGAGCUGGCUCCCAACAUAGAUGUGACAGAUUUUUUGAACAGUGUUGUCCGUGAAAAAAAGCGGUUCGAAAACGUCCUCGACGACUCUGUAGCAAAAGGUCUUAACGCUGGGAUCGAAGUUUUGAUGAACCAAGUCGACCAUAUCAUCCUCACACUGACCCCACCGCGAACAUAUUAUCCCCCUGACGAUGCCCCGAUGCUGCUUGGGCCUACCAGAGGAUGUUCUCAGGCUAUCAAGUGCCUCAAGGAGCAUCUUCGGCUGCUCAAAGGAAAUGUGAACCGCGAAGUUUUGGAGGUCUUCGAAGGCGAAGUUGGAGUGCGACUGAUCGGGAUUCUUGAAAAACAUAUAAAACGGCAGAUCAUAUCUUUGAACGGAGGUUUCCAAGUGAUCGCAGACUUGAACGCAUACCAUACAUUUAUCUCAUCUUUGAAGAUACCGACCCUUACCCAAGACUUUGCCAACCUCAAGAUGCUGGGACAUGUCUACGUUGUUGAGGAUGCGAAAGAUCUUGCACAGAUAGUCCGGGAUGUGACGCGGUACGGUGGUUCUUACCGACCAGAGGAUAUUUAUGAGUUUAUCCAGCGUAGAAGUGACUGGAAGAAGAUCGAGAAGGUCGUAGAUAAGACAAUGUACAAUUUAAACCUCAGAGAGGACUGUGUUAUAUGUUAG